AUGUUGCUACGCACAUCGAGAUUCCAGCGCAGGAUACGGCUUGCAACCAUAUGUCUGCUUUCAUUUCAGAGUGAAAAAAAAAAGACCAAACAUAGAGAUAAAUUUCCUGUUACCAAGGAGGAUAUUGAAUAUCAUCUGGAUCAGUUAUUCGGCGAUGACGACCACGAUUAUGAACACGAACAUAUAACAGUCUACCUAGGUUUUCUUUUGUCUCUAUUUUCGGCUUCGGGAGCAAGAGCAGGCUCUAUUGUGGAAUCUAGCGCUUACCAUGGAUCCAAUGAAUGUUUAUAUUAUCAGCACCUUACAUUUAAUUUGAGAUGGAUUGCGGGGGGCCGGGUAAAGUACUGGGCGACUCUUGACCCAGAAUUUUUGAAAGGAAAUCGAUACAAUGAUGAAGGUUUGACAUAA